AUGACCACUUUGGAAAGUGCUCGAAUUUGUGAAGGUCUAAGUAAAAAGGAACACAUUGUCUCCCUGUGUGAAGAUCCCAGCCCAACCUGUGGUUCCAGCAGUGUGAUGCGACAUGCAAUCCCAAUUGAGCGGAAAUUGUAUGAAGAGGAUGGUACACCAUUUCAGACUCAUGUGUUUAUCAGGUCUGAACAUUGUGAAUUGCUUUGCAAUGACAUUUCCUGUUCUAAAUGUAUCCAGAAGGAAAAAUCCCUCGGCAAAAUGAAAUCGAGUACAUCAAAGAAAACGACUGCGCCUCUCAAGGGUAAUGCACCUCUGACUGGUUCAAGUAAGGAGAGGUUAAUUGCCACUGUCUAA